AUGCAACCUCGGAGUCAGCUGCUGAGCUCCCGAAGAGGGCCCCUCGACAUCAUUCCCGGCACCCCGCCUCUCCUGAGACCUCUGGUGCGCGCAUACCUCUUGGGAUAUGCAUCCUCCGUGGCGCCUAGACUAUUGACUCUCCUGCUCCAACAUGUCUCCAGGGCUGUCAGGAAGCGAAGCGGCGCAUCUGCGGGCGCGCAAAAGGAGCAUGAAUCCUUCCUGUCCUCGCUGAAUCAUACCAUCUUGACUGGCUUCGAACUUCGCCGGUUCCCCGCCUUCUGCGCCCUGCUCGCUGGCGGCAGCACAUUACUCGAGGAACCAUUUCGGCUGUUCUUGCAUCGUGUUGCGCGGGGUCUCAGUGAGGUGACACGGACGCGGCUGUCGAGAUGGUUGUCGACAUUUGUGGCAGCCUGGCUCAGCCUCCGGCUGGUGCAGUCACGCAUAUGUUCAAAAUUCACCAAAACGGUUCCCACCAGAACCAAUGUCCACCCGGGCGUCAAGGAGGAGAAGGUGGCCAUGGCCGGACGCACUCUUGACAUGACGCUCUUUGCCUUUACACGUGCAGUAGAUGUCCUUGUUGGCGAGUUGUGGUCUCGUCGCCGAGCUCGCCGCGUAGCGAACCAGAAAUGGACCAAGCUCGAGAGCCUCGUUGGCUAUUCCACCGAUCCCUGGAUCUUUGUGUGCUCCUGCGCCCUCAUCAUGUGGGCAUGGUUUUACAACCCCUCGGGUCUGCCCAAGGCCUAUCAAAGGUGGAUCAGCUCCGCCGCUGCCGUCGACAACCGCCUCAUCGAAGCCCUGCGGCGCUGCCGAUCCGGCGAUCUCCGCUACGGCAAGGACACCGGCCAGGCUCCGCUUCUGCAGUCCAUGUGUGAGGACUACAAGUGGCCUGUCAUCUGGGGCGAUCCUGCCAAGACGGCGCCUUUCCCCUGCGAGAUGGUUCACAUGGGCUGCGGCCCGUCGUGCGAGUACCACGCUCUGUCUCGUCUCGUCCGCUCAUGGCGCUGGAGCAUGACCAUGUACCUUCCCCUCAACCUCGCCAUGCAACUUCGCAAGCCUCCGACCGUCCGGGGCAUCCGCACUGCCGUGCUGUCCGCGUCUCGCUCCUCCGCCUUUCUGGGCGUGUUCAUCAUGCUCUUUUAUUACGGCGUCUGCCUCGGCAGGACGCGCAUCGGCCCACACAUUGUCGGUAAAGACUUUGCUGGACGACAGAAGAUCGAUGGCGGCGUGUGCGUAGGCUGCGGCUGUUUCAUGUGCGGGUGGAGUGUGCUGCUCGAGACAGCAAGUCGACGGAAAGAUAUGGCCUUGUUUGUGGCACCGAGGGCGCUGGCGACUCUAUUCCCGCGAAGGUAUGCUGAGGACAAGCAGUGGAGGGAGACGCUUACCUUUGCAGCAAGCGCCGCCGUCGUGUUCACUUGUGCCAAGGAGAACCCAGCCAGGGUAAGGGGUGUGUUUGGUAAACUAUUGGGCUCCGUUCUGCGAGUGUAA